AUGCCGGUCUCCUCACUUUGGCCGCGGAUCGACAUUCCCAGCGUCGAUCUCUGGACGUUCCUGUUCGAACGGAAGGACCGUCCUUACCCAGACGACAAGAUCAUCUAUCAAGAUGCCGAGACUAAGCGAUACUACACCUGGCAGAGUCUGCGGGAUGCAUCCUUGGACUUUGGAAAGGGCCUCCGCUCUGUCUAUGAGUGGAAGAAGGGUGAUGUUUUGGCUCUGUUCACUCCCAACAGCAUUGACACCCCAGUACUCACUUGGGGCACCAUGUGGGCGGGCGGCAUCGUCUCCCCAGCCAACCCCGCGUACACCGCGAAGGAGCUAGCCUUCCAAUUGAAGAACUCCGGAGCCAAGGUCCUGGCCACACAACUUGCAGUGCUCCCAGUUGCCACCGAAGCCGCCAAACUCGCCGGCAUUAGCCCUGACCGCAUCAUCUUGAUGGGUGAUGAGCGCGACCCGCAGGCACGGCAUAAGCACUUCACCUCCGUCCGCAACAUCUCCGGUGCAACCCGGUUUCGCAAGGCGAAGGUCACCCCCGAAUCGGAUGUGGCGUUCUUGGUUUACUCGUCUGGCACAACUGGCACCCCCAAAGGUGUUAUGCUGUCGCACCGGAACAUCGUCUCCAACAUUUUGCAGCAGGCUGUGGCUGAAAGCGACAAACUAUCGUGGAAGGCUGGCCCCGACGGCAAAGGUGAUCGGGUGUUAGCAUUCUUGCCCUUUUUCCACAUCUAUGGCCUGACAUGCUUGCUCACCCAGGCGCUAUACAAGGGGUACCACCUCGUUGUCAUGGCGAAGUUCGAGAUCGAAAGAUGGUGCCAACACGUCCAGAACUUCCGCCCCAAGUUCGCUUACAUCGCGCCGCCAGUGGCGCUCCUGCUCGGGAAACACCCCUGUGUAGACAAAUACGAUCUCUCCAGUCUCAAGAUGAUGAACUCGGGCGCGGCCCCUCUGACCCAAGAACUCGUCGAGAACGUCUAUAAGCGUAUCAAAGUUGGCAUCAAGCAAGGCUACGGCCUGAGCGAAACCAGUCCUACCACGCACACCCAGCGCUGGGAAGACUGGCACACGCAUGUCGGCUCUGUUGGCGGGCUACUGCCUAACAUGGAAGCGAAGUACAUGAGCAUGUCCGAUGACGGCUCAGAAUCCAAAGAGGUUGCUGCCGGGGAGGUUGGGGAGCUGUAUUUGCGCGGCCCUAACGUCUUCCUCGGAUACCACCAGAACCCUACUGCGACUAAGGACUGUCUCUCCGAGGACGGGUGGUUCCGCACUGGCGACGUUGGCUACCAAGACGCGAAGGGGAACUUCUUCAUCACCGACCGCGUUAAGGAGUUGAUCAAGUACAAGGGUUUCCAGGUGCCGCCUGCGGAGUUGGAGGGGUACUUGGUGGACAAUGAGGCUAUUGACGAUGUGGCUGUUAUUGGCGUCUACAGUAAAGAGCACGCGACCGAAGUGCCCUUGGCCUGCGUCGUGCGCAGCUCCAAGAGCUUGGCUUCGAAGAAAAGUGAGGAGCAGGAGGCUGCCGAUAUUGUCAAAUGGUUGGAGAACCGGGUGGCUCACCAUAAGCGGUUACGUGGUGGUGUGCGCUUUGUUGACCAGAUUCCCAAGAACCCGAGUGGGAAGAUCUUGCGACGCGUUUUGAAGGAAAAGUUCAAGGACGCGGCCAACGGUCCCAAAGCCAAGCUGUAA